UCGUUCCGUGUUUGUUGUUGUUUUCGUGGUUUCUUUUCACUCCUAAUUCUUGAUAAAGGCUGUUGAAAGCUACCAAAAUCCGGCUUUUUCACGACAAGACUGCCAGUGCACGCGGGCCUAGUCCGGGUUGGGCAAACUGUUUACGAGAUUUUAAGGAAUGUUCGACCAUAUGAAACUGUGAUUCCAAAAAUAUCGGCCCAGGGCCGCCGUGUCGAUCGUAGCUGCGAGUAGUACCCAUGUAUUAGUGAUCGUUCUGCGGUGUUUGCACGUGUUGUUUCUCGACGACCGCGAAGGUGCAUUAGCUGGCAAAACAGAUUUUUGUUUUGUUUGAGAAAGAUGGAUAAGCCAGAUGCCCGGUUAGGUUGGAAUUUCAUCUCACCUGCCUCGUGUUUUUUCUUCACAGUGAAUACUGAGUCAUGAUGACUAGGGAGCAGCAACGACGGGAGGAAUAUUCAUCUUCGAAUGUUGUACGCGUGCUAACGCCCUCCACUCACAGCCAGUUCGACAACAAUUUGGACAACCUUCUGGAAGAUCUGCAGGCGAGUGUUUCACGCCCUGGCAGCUCCCUGGGUCAGCCACUUGGCAAUAACUACUCGACGACAAGUCGUGAGGUGCAGUAUCUUCAACCGGCCAAUGUCACAACCGUCUCUCGGGAACGCUCGACCAGUCCCAGCAUUACCACGAACGAGCGGAAGAUCUACAAAACGGCCAAGUAUGAGUACAAAUCAGCCGGUAGCGGUAGUGGCGUUGUUCCCGGUCGAACGGAUCAGUCUGUCAGCGAAGUAUACCAGCGCAACAUCAACCAACUCGACACUCUGCUGAAUGAUCUUGAACGUGAGCGCGAUUCUUCACUCGAUCGAAGUAAUAAGAAUUUGAGCCGCGAUGGUAUUGACUCCGGUUUGCUUGAACCAGGCACAAAGGUCAUUAAAACUACUACAACAUACAGCACCACGGGCGGUGGUAGGCAUACCCCGGUUAACCGUGAGCUGGUAUUCGACACACCAAACAGCUAUGAGGUCCGACAAUCCCGAUCUCGUCACCGUAGCCCAUCGUACGAAAAUCAAUCAACGACCACGCUCAAGAAUGUCUCGUACAGUGCGGACAACAGUUCCACCGGAAUCUACGGAGGCAUCAACCGUUCGGUGACUCCGCAGCGCUCCAUGACUCCAUCUCGUUCGGAGGAGUACUACACCGAAACACGUACCGUUUCGCCUAGUUCUGGUGAGCUGGUCCCACGAAAUGUGCGCUAUAACGAGAGCGUUCACGUAGACAGUGCAGCGAAUGUAUUGGGCCAAAUCCCGCUCUCGGAUAAUAUUCUACCGCGUCCGAACACAAAAGUGACCACCACCGUGCGUACCUAUACGUAUGAACUGCCUCCGGAGAACACAGGGACGCUCAACCAGACCAUCUCCUACACGAACCAAGCCCUCAAUCAGACCACGAACACGCUCCCGGUCGCCCACCCAGGAGAACACGUGAAUCCAUCGUCAAAAACGGUGCUGGUAAAAAACGAAUCCUUCAACACGGCCAGCAAUGUGCAGGACUAUCCGGUGCCUAGCAUAUUGAACCAUCAGUUGCCUCCGAACACGGCCAAAACGGUUUACUACAAGAAGGACACUAAGCAUUCGACCACUAACUAUUAUCCAGAUCAACCUGGACCGAACGUUGAUACAGGGUAUCCGAAUAACUUCCGGGCAAUUGAACCUCCGCCUACUCCAACAGAUGGCCGUGUCCCCGUGAAAUACACCAACGAACCGGCCACGGGCUAUCCGCCAGGUAAUAACGCAACAUACAUUUACCGCGAGGAACGCACCAACACGGCAGACAAUCGCUACGGCUCACCGGUUCCGGCCCACUUUCCUCACACCGGUGCUAGUGAUCCGCCAACGACGGUCACUUACAAGUACAGCUCUACGACGACGAACGCGACGCGAAAUUUGUAUCCACCGCCGGCCGAACGCGAACCUCUGCUACAGCCGUUCCCGACCGACGGCACGGAUCGGACCGACAUCGACGGACAUCCUCCGAAACGGCUCGACGAUCUUAUGGCCACAUUUGGAGAGGAUGGCCAAAUCACCUACCAAUCGAAGGUGAUUAACAGUACUCAAACGGACAACGGUUCUAAGAGGCCCGCAAUGAAUGGGACCAGCCCGAAACUGAUCGACGACCCGAUGGAUCAGAAGUCGACCCCCAUAAAUCAACUAACUUCAAAGAACAUUGCCGGUCCGCCAGUGUACUAUCCUCCCGGACACGAGAUGUUCGCUAAGAAAGAAAUGGAAGCGAGCGGCUGGAGAUCGCAGGGAGAAUACGCUAAGGCCAGCGGCAUGUACAAAUACGAAGCGGAAAGCAAGUCAAAGAGCUCCAGCAAAUCUGGGGCUGCCGUCGUGCCCGUCUGUCUUCCACUCUGCUGUGCGAUGCCCUGUACCAUUAUGUAAUUGGCCGGAAGCUGGGAUGAGCUAAUAAAAUAACACAUUCAUGCUGUUUUAACCAUUCAAUCCAGUAACAAUGCUCCAGCGGCAGCGCCGUCAAUCUGGUUUGCCAUCCGCGUUCGACUCGAUCGCCAGCCUUGCUGCCAAUUAACGAUAUGACACUUGCUGUUGAUGUUUUACUUUGCGCAAUAAUGGCUAUUAUUCUUUACCCCCAUUAUUGUGUUCUAAUAAAGAAGCGCUAAUAAAAUCGCCGUAGGUUGUUACGGAGAAAAACACA